CAUUUGUAAUGUAAGUAGCUACGGUGUCAAGCAAAUGGAAUGGGUAGUUAUAAACUGCUUAACUACGCCGUAUCUGUUUCAUUUUCUUCACGACUGAAUUUUGAACGUUAUUCGUAAACUGAAGAAGAGUCUUGUAUAAGUUUCACCGACAAAUGAAAUAUCCAAAUACUAGUAAGAAUGGCUACAGAUGCAGAAAUUGCAAGAAAACUACAGCUAGAAGAGUUCCAACGAGGGGACAGCACUGACCCAGAUGCACAGUUAGCAUGGCAUUUGCAACAAAAUGAUUUAGAGGUGGAUGAUUUGGACUCUGGAUCUCUCCACCUUGACCAACUUUCACCAGACCCUGUCUCAGAGUCAUCUGACAUUACAGACUACGAUCACUCAGUUAUGGAUUAUUUGAGUCCCGAUGGCAUCACAGAUGAGGUCGGUUACGGCCAAGCCACUGCCCAAAGUGAAUACCAGGUUGAUACAUACAGUGUGCACGACGAUGAAAGAAUGGCAUUUCUGCUGGAGGAACAGCUAAAACUUUCGCAGGAACACGAGGAUGCAGAAUUGGCGCAGAAACUAUAUGAUGAAGAAGAACACAAUCAUACUCGGAGAAGAGCAACACGGCCCCCCACGCUCCCCCGUAGGGAACCACCACAGAGAAACAGACCCCCAAGGCAUGCCCUGUUUCCUCCUAACUCAGGCUCUGGCAGACAUCCUGUGUUUGACCCCACCUUUAGUCCUCCUGAAACAGAUAUGCCAUUCAACAUUCGUGGCCCACAUCAUCACCACCAUCUCCCAAGACAUGAUUUUGAUUGUUUGCGACCAUCAAUGUUUGGAUUAAGGAUGAGAAACCAUGACUUACCCAGGAACAUGCUACCACAAGAGGAUGUAGAUUUAAAUGACUAUGAGGCCCUCUGGGAGCUAGCGGAAACUAUAGGAAAUGUGAAGGACAAUGGGUUGACACAGGAGGUUAUAGAUGGGCUUAAAUCAGGUGCAUUCACGAAAGACGCACAUGGAGCGAUGUCUCAGAAAACAGAUCAUGAAUGUCGGAUAUGUCUUUCCACAUUCAGUGAAGGGGAGAAUGUCAAAAUUUUACCAUGUUCUCACAUGUACCACAAGUCCUGUAUAGAUAACUGGUUAAAGAUGAAAGGAGAUUGUCCGAUCUGCAGGGAAAAUGUGAAGCCAGAAUCCUGAAUGUCAUAAUCACUUAAUCUUCUUCAUCUUACUCAUCACCAUCCUUGCAGAGUUAUAUUGUGGUAUAUGACAGUUACAGGAGUCAUCUUCAUAACUAAUUAUGUUAUCAACUGGUCACAACUGCUCAAGGCGUCACCUUCAUAACAGUUCCGAAGACGACAUCUUCAUAACCAAAUUAAGACGUAAUUCUUACGUACCACAACAGCUCAAAGUGUCAUCUCCAUAGCUAGGUCAUAAACGAUAACAAUUCCAAUGACCUCAUUUCAUAAUUAACUAUGUCAUGAUCAACAAGUACCAUAGCAGUUUCAAAGAUGUUAUCUAACUUAUCUUCAUGGUGUAUUGUAAGACAUGACAUUGCAACACCAGACAGAUCAGGUCAUCUCCUAGUUUGUAUACCGCUGAUACAAAUACCCCUCAUCAAGUGUAAUGUAAGAUCUGAGCUUUGGUAUCAAACUGAACGUAAGAACUAUUUAUAUAUUUACAUUGUGAUCUUAUAAAUUUAUUAAACUCGGUAUGUACCCUAUUUGUAAAAUUGUCUCAAUACUUUGUGGUGUCUAAAAUUUGUUACAUGUCAUCCCAUAAACUGAUGUUCACCAAAAAUCCAAAACAUGAUCAAUGACAUUUGAUUUAUGUCAUGUUGGAGUCUAGCAUACAUGUCGCAACAUUUACCUGAUGUCAUGUUUUCCAAAAAUCCAGGAUAUAUUCAAUAAUAUUUGAGAUAUUCUUGAUUUCACGCUAAAGUCCGGAAUACAUUUAACAAUUGUUAUAACCUUGUUGAUAUUAUGAUGUAAUUUUCCGAUCUCUAAUGUAUGCAUCUUUUUGUCAACAGAUGAGAACAUUAACUCAUUCACCCCUGAAAUUUCAUAAUGAACUAUUCCAACCUUUGAUUUGGAAGAGUUCAAAUGUGUCUUCAGGGGUGAAGGAGUUAAGGAGUGUGCUAAGUAUAUCAGUAAUUCAGGAAUCAAACAAGUCUGGUUACCACUGUAUAGUAAUUGGGAUUUGAGACGAUCAGUCAACCUCUUCUACAAAACAAUUAUACUCUGCAGAUCUCCUACAGUAGUUGUAAAUAACAGCCCACAUCAGUAAUGAAGCCUGGUGUUAUCAAUAAAAAUUAGUUACCACAAUUUACCCAUUAUAAGCCCAUGCCUGGUAAUAAGCAUUUUAUUUAUUUUCCAAGAAUAGCAUGGGCGCCUGGUAAUAAGCCCGCCCCCUUUACCGGAGUACUGUUGUAGGUGACAAUUCUGUGUUGUCCAGCUGGAUGUGUCCCUACUGCCACUUUAUUCCGUGUUUAAAGAUUGUGGUCUUUGAACCCCAACAGUUCUGUGCUGACUGACCCAGUCAUUCUAAAAAGCUACCGCAACUUCAAAGGUUAGUUGCUGGGUGGCUGGCGACAUCUGACCUCUGACCCAUGAUGGAAUAUUGCUGGUAUUUAUUUACUGAUGUAGAUAUUUGAAAUAUUUACUGAUUUCCAUGAUUCUGGAGCUAGCUCGUAUUAGUACUGAUUUCCUUGAUGCUGGAGCUAGCUGGUAUUAGUACUGGUAUCCUUGAUGCUGGAGCUAGCUCGUAUUAGUACUGAUAUCCUUGAUGCUGGAGCUAGCUCAUAUUAGUACUGAUAUCCUUGAUGCUUGUGCUAGCUCGUAUUAGUACUGAUAUCCUUGAUCCUGAAGCUAGCUCGUAUAAGUACUGAUAUCCUUGAUGCUGGAGCUAGCUGGUAUUAGUACUGAUAUCCUUGAUGCUGGAGCUUGCUCGUAUUAGUACUGAUAUCCUUGAUGCUUGUGCUAGCUCAUAUUAGUACUGGUAUCCUUGAUGCUGUAGCUAGCUCGUAUAAGUACUGAUUUCCUUGAUGCUGUAGCUAGCUCGUAUUAGUACUGAUAUCCUUGAUGCUUGUGCUAGCUCGUAUUAGUACUGAUAUCCUUGAUGCUGGAGCUAGCUCGUAUUAGUACUGAUUUCCUUGAUGCUGGAUCCAGCUCGUAUUAGUACUGAUAUCCUUGAUCACAGUUGUCUAUUAUGAGUUUAAGUCAUUUAUAUGGAGUGUUAGCAAUGUGCUGGACCAUAUUUUCAUAUUUUAUGGCCCAAAAACAGCUUAGUUGGACUUACCGGUAGUUAAAUUUAAGGUUUAAGUUUUUGCGCAAAUUUUGUUGGGUAGUGUUGGACCACCACCAUCAAUAGGCUGUUGUCUGUUACAAGGUUGAAGUAUUUGUAUUGAGUGUAAGCAAUGUGUUGAACCAUAUUUUCAUAUUUUAGUGUCCAAAAACAGCUUUAUUGGACUUUGUUAAUUUCUUAACAAUCACUUCACAUAGAUGUUUCUACACAUUUCAAAGUCCUUGAAAUAUCCUGGUGGUAAGUGAGGUGGCAAAUAAAAUGACAGGCACUAUAUCAACGUUUUACUAUACAUGUGUUUCUAGUGAUAGUUGCAGUAUUAUAAUAACAUACAUAGGCGAGCUAUGCUGUUCUCCGACAGCUCUUGUUAAACAUUGUCAUUGGAAAAAGUUCAUUUCGUACCCAUAUGAAUAAAAAACAAUUGAUCAUUUGCAUGCACCAAAUAUAUCAUACUGUGAAAUUACUAAUUUUCGUGGGGUUUUAAAUUUUGCUUUUUUUCAUCGGUACUCUUAAUCCACAAAUUAAUUACAAAGUUUGACUUAAAGCUUUUCUCCACUUGGGUGGGUAUACUCAUAACCCAUGUAUUCAUGUGUCCACGAAAUGGUGUUUUUUCAGGAAAAACAUGAAAUUUGGGCCUCAUGAAAAUACCUGAUUUCACAGUAAUUAAAUGUCAUGUAUGCCUUUGUCACAAUCUGAAAAUAUGUUUUAUACCUCUUAAUGGAAUACAUAAAAAGUCGGAUUAAUUAUGAACAUUACGAUAAUUGAAUUGCUAAUUUCACAUUUUACAUUUUCCAAAAUAUGACCUUGUUGACUUCUUUGGUUCUGGUACAUGUGUAUUAUUUUGUGAUAGAUUAUUGUUUGUCAUUAAUUUGCAAGUAGACUCAUUCAUAUACACAAGUCAUCCAAGAAUACUAACUCUAUAGAGUAUAAGUACUACAAAAUGUAUCAAUAUUGAAAUAACUUCCUCUCAAUCACGAAAUCAAAUGGUCUAGUAGUAUGCAUAUUUGCCAACUCUCCCUAUUUUGGAGGGAGACUCCCGAUUUUGGACCCUUUUAUUUAAAAAAAAUAAAAUGUUUUUCUCUAGGGAGUAAAUUCACACAAUUUAUUUGUUUUUAUUUUGAGCAUGCAGAAUCUCCUCAAUGGAAACUUCAAAAUGUUGGCAGGUAUGGCAUGAUGCUGAUAAACUAAUCUAAGUGAGGAGAAGGUCUGAAUUAACUGGUUGAUCAACACAUGUAUUUGACCAACAUCUCUGACGUUAGAUAGACGGCCAGGAAGUUGAUGAAAAUAGUAUUAAUAACCACAUGUGAUUCUACAGGGGAUUUAUUUUGUGAAAUUGUCCUACAUUUAUUCAUACAGUCCUGAUGAGAAUUGUGUUUAUUAGCGGUAUAGCCAACCAUCAUCAGCUCGAAUUAACUUUUGUCUGUUGUCCUUCGUCAGUCCUUCAGCAAUUCUGGUAAUUAAUAUAAAGGAUAUAAACGAGCCUCAACAUCUGGAUUCUGUUGUUUCAUUGUGGGUUUACAUGGUUCAGCUAGCUGGGCUGGAAGAAGUUAUUUCUCAGGAAGUAUCGUGCUGAUCAUUUUGUAUCCUUAGUUGUGUACGUUUAGUUGUGCGUUUAGUUUCGAGACUGACAGGGACAGGAAGAACAAAAUGGCUUCCAGGCGGCCAUCCAGUACUGGAUGGAUCUUUCUCAAUUUUCAGAAGUUCUGAUAGGUUCUGUUGUUACUCAGAUGUGUAGGUUUAUUUUAAAGACUGAUUACAAGAGCAAAAUGGUUCCAAGACAGCCAUCUUGGAUUUUGACAAUAAAGGAUUGUUAUUGGCUUUUCACAGAAAGUACUGAACGGAUUUUUCUCAUAUUCUGUGUUUUUGUUCCUCUAGAUUCUUGGUCAUGCAUGCUUCAUUUUCAGCUAGAUCAGGCAGACAUCUUGAAUUUGGCUAUUGAAAUUCAAUUUUUAUUAGUACUUCUCGAAAAUUUCUUGUGUAAAACAUCUUUCUGUUCCUUGGUUUUUCAUAUUUCAUUUUGAGUUUAAUCAGAAGAAAAAGAUGGCUGCCAUCAAUUCAAGAUCUCUUAUUCUCUUUUUUGCCACAUUGCUGUUCUAGUAAGAAGGUCAAAAGUCAUCCUCACUUUAAAUGGGCUAUCUCUUACACAGCAGUUGGAAAUUUUGAUGAAAAGGCUGUCCACCUUACCAUCACUCCAACAGAUUCCAGAAAAGUGUGGCAUAUUUUGAAUGUACAUAAGAUUAUGGUCGCCUUCUAGCUUUAAGCUAGAGGGAAUUUCCCUUUAACUCAGUGGUAGAGCGUCCGACUACGAAGUCGGGGAUCGCAGGUUCAAUCCCCGGUGGAAGCACACUAUACUCUCUUUCCUGUUACAGAAGUAAGGAUAACUUGCAAGGGUGAGCAUGAAAAUCCUUUGGGAUAUCUUUGUUUUUUGUCAAAUUCAUACAUUAUGUUCAUACAUUAUUAGUUCUGAAUAUAACACUAUACUCUCAAAUGUAUCCCUUCAGUUUUCAUUUUGCAAUGUUUUAAUUGUUUCUCCCUUGUUCAUACAGUACAUGCAUCUAUUUGUAAUGCAUGUUAUUGGUGGUCUGUCAGAGUGAGCCUAUGUCAAUAUCAUUGAGAACCUCUGUCAUUGUCAAUCAGAACCCAUGUAUCAGUGUUUCCCAGUUAUGCCUCAUUUGACCAGAUAGUUCCCAUGGAAAAGAGGUCCACAAGAAUUUGCACUGGUGAGUCCCAAUGCUUCUCACCAAAUACCGAUUUGUAAGAGCUAACAAAACCUUGUAUGUGCUCUUAUUCUCAUCCUCAAUAUUUUACAAGGGUUAUGCUCACUUUUGCUCUGUGCACCCCUGAAAUUUGUCAUAACUAGCAAAAUUGAAGGCUCAGUGUGCACCACCUUGUGGAUGAGACCAGUUUGAUCCUUGUACAUGUACAUCAAACGAAUCCGUUGUUGGCGUAACAGUAAAUUGGCUGACUUUGAAGUUGGAUGUUGUUCCUCGGUAAUCUACAAAGGACAGGUAGACAAGUCUCUGCCUUGAGGGUGAAAAAGAGAAAUAUUCAACCUGAGGGGUUAUGUUAGACAAGUAAAUAAUCACCCGAGGGUUGGAGAUUUCUCUGACACACUCAAGGUGGGAAGGAGUGGUGUAAGACUGGGUUGAUCAGAUGUCUGGUGAUUCGAUCAGGGCCUGGGUGUGUAUAGCUAUGCUAUUUAAUGAGUCAUUAACUCAGGUUUUCGUAAUUAAACUGUAUUAUAUUUUUUGUAGAAUGUUUAUGUUACUUUUACGUAUCAAAUGUAGAUAUUCACUGCAUGUAUAUAUCCAGUUGUAUAUUUUUGCAUUAUAAGAAGUUUCAGUUUAAUUAUCAUUUAAUAAAGCAGGCUUUGUAAAUUGUGAUUGUUGAUUUCACUCUUAGGUGACAGAUUAAACACUUGUCUUCUAGACAUUUGAUUCUAUCUCUAUAUCUGUAAUUGUUGAUUUUCUGAUUGAAAUGUUUAAUUAAAUGAAUAAUUAACUGUUGAAAUUAAGCAGACUCUAAACAACGUUAACCCAGCCAGUAUAGCUUGAUUGAAACAACACUGUUAAAGGGAGUGUCACUUUUUAACAAUGUCUUACCAAUCACACAUUCUCUCCUGUUAUCUGUGUUAUUUUUACCAUACUUGAUAUUCACCUUCCAGGCUUUUAAGAUCAUCUCUCCCAUUUUCUGAUGAUUUAAUUCUAUGUUGGGUUAAAACUAUAUACAUGUAACUUAGGCCGUCACAAUUUUUGCCCCAUGUUGAUUUUGCUCUAUUGUACAAGGGCAAAAAAGAUGUAAAUUAAAUGUGGGCAAAAGCAUAGGGUUAUUGAUUUUAACAUUUAUAUAUAUACGGUAUACCCUAUGUAUGUGUCUGCUGUCCUUAAACCUUCAUUCUGUCAGAUUAAUGAAAUAUAUCUUUUAUUAUAUGGCAAUAUCAAUGAGUGAUAAUAAAGUGACAAAGUUAAGAUUGA